AUGGAUGGACUGUUAAAAGAUGAUGUAAUUGUCAAGGAACUGACAAUGAACAUUACCAGGGAUAGAAAAGGAAGGAGGACAAGAUCCGAUCUCGUGUCAGUCUCAGGUAAAAGAUAGUGAAAUUAAAGCCCCGCUCAAACGACGGUGAGAGUUGAUAAGGGUUGCGAAGCAGGAGUUCGCAUGAGAGUGUUCUCAUCUGUUAUGCCCUUGUUAAACUAUCAAAUGAGAAAGAAGAGUUGCAUGAGAGUUGGCGAGAGUUGACUGGAUAUUACCAGUAUGACUGGAUAUUACCAGUAAAAACUCUCAUCAACUUUCAUCGAAAUUUGAAUUCGCUAAAAACCAACUGAAUGAGAGUCGGAUCUCUCAUCAACACUUGUCAUCCUUUGAGCUGGUUGAAAUUUUAGUGAGAGUUUAUACUCGUUCGACCGGUAUUAUCCAGUCAACUCUCUCAUGCAACUUUUGUUCUCGUAUGACCGGAGCGUGAGAGUUGAGAGAACCAUCAAACUCUCGCUUGCAAACUUUAAUUGUCAUUUGAACAUGGCUUAGUUCGUAUAGGUAAUCGCAUGAGGCCGAGUAAAAUUAAGGUUUAAUCUUAAUUUUGUGAAACUAAGUGAAAUUAAACCUUAAUUUUACGAGGAACCGCGCGAUUACUUGUUAAUCAUAGAGGGCAAAAUUUAUUCGUAAGUUAAUUGUGAACUUGUCAAGUUCUUCAACCUCGUAUGUCUCCAUUUCUUCACCGAUCUUCCUUAAUGUUCGAGUUUUGACUAGACGUUUUUAAUUCUUCAAUAACAUUAUUAUCCGCAACGACAAAGCGAGAAGCCAUUGUUUUUAUUGCUAUUUAAAACAAGAAACUUCCCGCCCUUGUGUCUCAGCUAAUCAGGUAAAAGUAAUUUUGUCCUGAAUUAAGAAAAAAUCCCCCUAAUCAUUAACCAAUCAUAUUUGAGUAAUUUUGCCCACCAUAUGAUUAUUAAUGAAAUCCACCUAUGUAGGAUAUUCAGGACCGCUUAAACACGGGUGGCAUGCGGUCCCCCCUCUUUAAUUCUCUUCGCUGACUAAGACUGUCUGCUUUAUUAUUUAUACAGCCACCUGCAAACAUUAACUUUGACCGCAAGCAUCGUAUGCAGCGUCCUUGGUCACUAGCAACGAACUAUCUUGGUGGACAUUUCAGAAGCGUUUAUCGUGGCCAAUAUUCACGCAGAAAACAUGGCGAUUUAUCGCUUCGUUCUGGUAAUUGGUCUCCUUGUCCUAGUUCGAAAAAGUUUUUCUGCUCCGACGCUGACUUCCACAAAAAGUAAGUAGGUUUAAAGAGAUGACAACUUGUUGUAUAAAAAUACUUUAAUUGCCAAGGUUUUUCAUGUUUUUGAGCUUUGUAAUUUAACGAGACACCGUUAUAUAGGACUCGUAAAUCUUCCUCUAUAACUUAUCUUGUUCAUGAGUCAUGCGGCCAAUAAAUAGCCUUUCCUUUUUUCCUUGACAAUUAAGGCUCCGUGGUUGCUAAUACUCUUGAAGGUAAAAAAGAUUAAAAAAAACACACUUUGUCUCAGACAUUUCGUGCGAAAGCAUUUCCUCGGGAUGUUAGUGGAACACUAAAUCUCUUUACGAAAAGAUUUGCCCAAGAAUGCUUGUAGUCUAUUCUAGGCAAACAUAUUGCUUUGUUUGUUUUAAAACUCGAGCGCUAUAUAUUGCGCAAGUGGUUUUACUCGUUUUAGCCCUAAUGGAGCACGUUAUGCGAUAGUGCAUGCUAGUGUCUUAAACUACUUCCAAAACGUCACAUCAUUACUAUAUUUUAUAUAUAAAGAAGAAGAUUUAUACUUAGGAUAAGGUUGUCUACGCGUUUGACUUACUAAUAAUUUCAUACGCUAAAAUAGUCAUAAAUUAUUAGUGAACUUUUAAAGUGUUUUUGAGUUAAGUUAAAGCUUUCAUGAAAUGGUUGGGAAACGAAGUAGCAUGCUAUAUCUCGAGGAUUCUCUUCUUUUCUUUAUCGGUUGAAUGGCAAAAGAUUACAAGUCUUUCAUCAAAAAUAUAUAUACAUAUAUAGCAAGUCCGCGUCAUGUAUGUUUUCGUCCUUUAACAUAAUCAGUUUUGCGGUUUUUUAAACAGGGUGGCAAGUUUUUCGUUGCAUGCAUUAAAACGUGCACAAUUAUAUUGAUCAUAUAUUCUAAUAAAGUAUCAUUGCAUGCAUGGAUAAACUCAAUAUUUGAAUUUUUUUCAAAUGAAUAUACGACCAUGCAGCUCACUAAGUCCAAGUACAAUUUCAUGAUCGUUUGUAUAUUUUGUGCAUAAUAAUCACCGGCCGUCAGAAGUGAAGGAAAUGUUUUCAAAUUAAGAAUCGUCGAAAUGAAGGAAAUAUUUUCAAGUUAAGAAAGUCCAUAUACCGGGUGUCCCCCAAAAAACUUGCGCUGUUUGAUAUAAUCUAACGUAAAAACUAUAAACGCUAUUGCACUCAAAUAACUAUUAUUGUAUUCACAAAGGGCUAAAUUAGAUUUUGAUAUAUAACAUUUGAAUGUUCGUGCAACAUUGACUGAGCUAUCGAUGUUUUAAAUCGAAUAAGCAUAUUUGACAAUGUUAAAAAUUUGCAUAAAAUUGCCUAUCAAAUACUAUUUGCCAUUUCAUUAAACUUGAUAAUACCAGCAGGAGUGCUUUAUCGGAUAUAAAACUCGAUUUUCCGUAGUCUUUUUAGUACUCAAUUAACUCACAACAUUUUAAGAAACUUUUCGAAGGAAUUUUGUCCCACAUGAAGAAGUUUUAACAAGUUUACCCUGCUUGUGAUGUCAUCAAAAACUCAGCCGUUAAUUAGGUCAAUUAUAAUACCAAGAUGGCGACUGCACACUGUUUUUGGUAAAAAUAUUUCGAAAACCAAGCAAGGUACGAAAACGUUGUAAAGGGUCUUCAUAUAUAACUUUAAAAGUUCUUUCAAAUAAAACAAAGUUAAUUUUUAUUGCCGUAUCUCUUUAACUUUACAGUUGAAUUGAAUCAUACUACACCUGCGACAAACCCAGAAAUCAGCACUGAGGAAAAGUCGACAUCACCUACAGUAACAGAAGCUAUAUCAACCUCCAACUCUGAGGAAAACACCACUCUUCCAAAUAAUGACGAGUCCAGUUCAGUCCAGCCAACUACAGCCAUGGAAGGAACCACAGAAGAAGCUAUGGCCGGUGAAAAUUCAACCGAGCAAACUACGACAAAAGAAGUCAUGGCCGUUCAGAUAUCAACAGAGAAAACUAUGUCCAGACAGAACCAAACAGCCAAUGCCGUGCAGAACACAACCGAAGGAAGUUUGAAAAAUGUUACUGCGAGCACAAAUGUUACUAAUACUACACAGGCUGUCGAAGAAGUUGGACCAAGCUCCAUUCUGUAUCCUGGUAAGUGUAUUAAAAGUUUUCCUGUCAACCGUUUGAGCGCCAGCGCUCUCCCCUUGACGAGUAAAGUCGUCUGGCGUUCAACAGAGUAAAAUAAUAAAGUAGGGCGCAAUGCAGCUUAUUGGGUUUAAUGCUACUAACACCAAAUUUUAUUUUUUGUAUGCGUUAUAUUUGGGUCGUUCUUUAUAGAAGAAAUGUAAUAUAUCUUUGUAGUAAAAACCUCGUCUUGAUCAACUUUUUCACUGUCAAACUUUCCUAAUAUGAUGUCUUCAGAUGAAUUUUGGAGUAAAAAAAGGAAAACUAAUUUGCAAUUUAUCUAAUGACGUCAUUUCCGGAAACUUUGACAGCUCACCCUGACAGCUCAGGAUUUGCAUCCCCCUGCAUGAAAUUCUGGAAAAUACUGGACUUUUACUUUUGUCUUCAAAAUUCCAUGAAAAGUCAAGAAAACUUCCAAGUGACUCCUGAAAAUCCCUUAAAAAACUAAACUUAUACCAUUAAACUUUAUGUUUAAAUACGAUCGACUAUAGGAAACGUUUUUGCGAAUAGUAUAUCGGUCUUUUUCGAUAGGAUGUUACUUGAUAGCGAUGUUUCUAGUAAAAAAACUUGUCGACUUACUGGCGAAAUUACUUUGCUCAUAUUUCAAAUACCCCUGGAAAACGAGGGCAAAAAUCCCGGAUUGAAAAUCCCGGAUAUUUUAAUUAUGAAAGCGUACGAACCCUGCCCGCUGUUCAAACCCAGGCGCAAAUAACUAAAAAUAGGCACACUACAGUGUUUUUAUAUAGAUCAGUGUUAGCCACUGAUCUAUAUAAAAACACUGUAGUGUGCCUAUUUUUAGUUAUUUGCGCCUGGGUACGAGGCUGGUUCAAACCACUGUACAAUUUUUCAUUUCAGUAUGUAGCAGUUACCUUGGCAUUCAUAGCAAGAAAAUUAUUAAAGAUGAACAAAUGUCUGCAACUUCGACACUGGAUGCCCGUGAUCUCAUGAAAUUGAUUAAUUCUACACUGGAAGCGCUUGGGCGUGACUCGAAUGAAACUUCCACUUCAGUGAAGUCGAAUUUCACUAUCACUGGUAACAUGACCGCUGCGCAUGAUGGGAGGCUGGGGAACACUAAGGGAUCAUGGUGUGCAAGUGAGGAUCCAUUGGCUGGCGAUCAUCAUUUGAUUGUGGAUUUAGGUAUGCCAAAAGUUAUACUGUCGAAUUCCGAGUUGUUACAAAUCUGUUCACGAACAAGUUGUUACAAAUCUGUUCACAAACUGUCGACAAGUUGUGUUCGCACUGCUUGUUCCCAGUUGUUGUAACAAGUUUGGAAGAAGCUGUUAACAGCUUGUAACAAGCUAAAUUGAUGGCAUUAUCAGACUUGUUACAAGGUUGUUCUAACAAGUCUGAUACAGUCAUGAUAUAACAAGAAUAUUACAAGGUUGACGACACGAGGUUGUAACAAUAUUGUUAUAUCAUGCCUUUAUCCGACUUAUUGGAACAACCUUACAACAAGUCUGAUAAUAUCGACAAGGUUGUUCCAACUGUUAACAAGUUGUUCCAUACUUUUUCAUACUUGAUGGAGACUUGCUACAAUAUGUGAGAUUUUUGCGUGUGUAUAAAAGGCUUGUCCCAAGUUGUCAACAAGUAUGGAACAAGCUGUUAACAGUUGUAACAUUCUUGUUAAUAUUAUCAAACUGGUUGCAAGGUUGUUCCAACAAGUCCGAAACAGUCAUGAUAUAAUAAUAUUGUUUCAACCUUGUGUCGUCAACCUUGUAACAUUUUUGUUAUAUCAUGACUGUAUCAGGCUUGUUAAAACAACCUUGUAACAAGUCUGAUAAUGCCAUUAAGAUUGUUACAAGUUGUUAACAGCUUGUUCCAAACUUAUUACAACAACUAGGAACAAACAGUACGAACACAACUUGUGACAUCUUGUGAACAAAUUUGUAACAACUUGUUUGCAGACCUGUAACAACUUGUGCGUUUUAUGUGUUUUUGACAGACGUCAUAUAGCUUAUCCACCCAAUAUUUACAGUAUUUUAUGCUAAUGCAGAACAAUGUUCAAUUUACUUCCAGGCAAAGUCAACAUACUGGAAGGUGUGAUCACUCAAGGAAGAUCGGAUUCUGACAACUGGGUUACAGAGUAUACUGUCUCUUACAGCAGUAACAAGAGACACUGGUUCCAUAUUCUAAAUGGCCGCGAACACGUGGUACGUACUAGCUAAUAUCAGUAUGUGUUCGCACUGCUUAUUCCAGUUGUUGUGACAAGUCUAGGAACAGGUUGGUCAACAGACUUGCUACAAGUUGUUCAAACAAGACGACUUGUUAGAACAAUUUUUGCGAGUCUGUUCAUAGUCUCAUCAACCUUGGUACAAGAUGAUAACAACUUGUUCCAGACUUGUCAGCAACUUGGAACAAGCAUUGCGAGCACAUCUUGUUGACAAGCUGUCAGAUUUUACGCGUGUAUUACGAGACAAUUUAAAUCUUGAAGAGGAGAUUUCACACAUUGAUUUCCUUGAUUUCAAAUUUUCUGUUAGGCCAAAAAAGAAUAUGUGGGUUUCCGGUUUCCCGACCCUACCUAGCUUUUGGACGUCGAAAUCCCGACCCUAAACUUUUUUAUUGGAUCAUGCUUGUAAGUGUUUCCACUUAGAGGAAAAAGUUUGUGGAAAAUUGAAAUUUGAGGCAAUAUUAGGAAAAUUUAUCUUUGGAUGUGGAAGCACUGACUAAACAAAAUGGCGUCCGCUUGUUCAGAAAAUUUAAAAAAAAAGUUAAAAAAAAGUUAAAACCGACCUACCCUACCUAAGUUUUUAUAAGAAGAAACCGGAAACCCACAUAUUUUUUUUUGGCCUUAUUGUUUAUAAUUAUAAAUAUUUCAAGACUGUAUUUAAACCAGCUACUGUAAUUAAAAUUGACCAUUUGUAUUCUUAGGUGUUUGAAGGAAAUAAAGACCGUAACACCAUGGCUGUUCGUAGUUUUCCGCACAGAAUUGCAGCGAAAUAUAUAAAGUUUACUCCGACAUCUUUCCAUGGGAAAUUCAUGUGCAUGAGAGUGGAGGCUAUUGGCUGUCAUCCCGAUGCUGGUAUGUUUGGUCAAAGUAUAUUUGGGUGUUGUAUGGGCGUUAAUUUUCCAUGACAAGUUUUCAUCGUCUGUAUAGUCAACUUUGCAUAAGUGAUUGAUCGGUAUCAACGUCGGGCCGAUUUUUGCCGUAUCGGUAGACAAUCGGAAUCGGUCGAGUUAUCUAUAUUUCCGAUUGUCUAAAACCGGUUGUUGAGAAAAUACGCACUUUAAAAAUUAUAUGCAAUGCACAUUGAUACACGUUGCGUCUUAACACAAUAUGUUAAAUUAAUGCGUGAAUCAUCAAUCAUGCAAUUUAUUAACGAUCUUUGGUUGCAGAAACAUUUUACGUGGGAAAUUAUCGUUAACAAAUCGACAUAGAUGACGUCACCUUUACUCGGUCGACUGAUAUUAUGACGUCAUUAUAAGAUCGGUAUCGCAGGGCUGCAAAUUACUGUCGAACAUCGGACAAUGUCCGGCUAAAUUUGGCAAAUGUCCGAGCAAAAGUAAUUUUGAACGGACAUUGGUCAGAUCACAAAAAAAUUGUCACAUUAUACAUUUUUUGCUGUGACAAAAUUCGAUUGCAAAUUCACUCAAUUUGCAUUUUGCAAUAAAAUUUACGAGGCAUUCUAGCAUUUUACUUUAACGUAUCGUCGGAAUGGCUAUACAUACUUGUCUUGUGACUUAGCCUAUAUAUAUCUUGUGACGUAUAUAUGUCCGACAAAAUUUAAUUUAGUGGUGUUGGUUUUUGUCCGACCAAAUUCAAGUUAUGUCCGACCAAAAUUAAAAGUGAUCAGACAAAUGUCCUGUCAAGUCAAAUAUUUAGUUGCAGCCCUGUAUCGGGUAUAUUGUGGAAUGAAUAGUCGGUAGUCGGUAGUUUCCGAAUGUUGCACAAUCGGUCGAUCACUAAACUUUCGCAAGUUUUUUUUAUGACAAGUACACUUGUUCAAAAGCUAACAUGCGAGCUUUUGAGGAAGUAUAUUUGUCGCAGAAAAAAUUGGCAAAGUACAGAUUUUGCUCGUCCAUGUGGGUACUGAACCUCUAUAUCUUCAGUUUAAACUAGAGGGCACUCAGAGACUGCAUACCUCCGCCUACGCGCAAAAUAUUGAAGUAAUCUAUUGUUAUUAGAAUUUGAAUGGCUGGUGCAUAUAUUAUGCACGUCCUAAUUACGCAUUCAGUAUAAAGUUUUAUUUAAUUGACCGGGAAAAGCAAGACAAACUUUUGUUAUUUCUCAUUCAAUUUUUAACCAAAUUCAACCAAAUUUUAAUCAGUUCUUCCUUAGCCGAUGGGAAAUGCACUCACAAAAUUUCGUACGGAUAUGUUUGGUAUUUCUUGAGUUAUCGUGCUCACAGACAAACACACACACACACAUACAUACACACAUACAUACACACACACAUACACACACACACACACACAUACAAACCCAGAUGAUUACAUAAAGUUAAUUUAGUUUUUAGUCUAUAUUUUAAAACAUUUUUUUUUGUUUUUUCCAGUGAAUGUUGCGAAAAAACAACCUGUCCAGCAAUCUAGCAGUGAACGUAAUCUUACAUCAUCGUCCAAAGCUGUUGAUGGAAAGUUUAUCUCCCCACUUCUAAAUGGUAAGUUUACGCAAAAUGAUUUAUUCACAUACCAUACCUCGGUGGCGCAGUCGUCAGAGCAACGCCUAAAAAAUACCUGUUGUUCCGGUUUCAUAUCGUGAAAAAAUUGGGGGAGGUAGGUCGGAAAUAAUUUUUUUUUUGAAUAUUUUUUUCAUGGUUUUGGCGUUUUUUUGCUGGGCGAUUUGCAGUAGAGUCCCGACGUCAAUAUUAACUAGAGAUGCGUAUUUCCUAUGGACGAAUUUAGGCAAUUUGGUUCAAUAAUUAGUGUGACAACAGACGCCAUUUUGGCACGCUGUAUGAGCAGCCCGCAACCACCCGGAGAAAAUAGGGUCGCACGGUCAAUCGCGUUGAAAAAAUAAUAAGAUCGGCAGAAAAAAAUAGGGUCGGUCGGGAACCGGAACCGCAGGUAUUUUUUUUAGGCCCAAGCGCCUUUUAGCUCUGAGAUCGUGGGUUCGAGUCUCGCUAUGGACUCAUGUAUGGACUCGUGUGAAAAGAGUCUGUCAACGCUUUGCCGAAAGUCGUGGGUUUUCUCCGGGCGCUCAGGUUUCCUCCCACAUUGAAAGUUGACAGAGUGGGUUAGGAUAAACACGGUUAGGAAAGUAAUAUCACAAUUGCGGGAACCACUGAGUAUUUUGAUAAAAUACAAAAUAAUAGAUGCUCCGAAAAUUGAAAGCAUUUUGAAAAUUUAUUUCGACGUUUCGACUAAACUAUAGUCAUCAUCAGGAAAUGAAUGAUGAUGAUAUUACAUAUGUACAAGUAUAUAUAGUGAAGUAACCAGAUACGUAUAACUAAUAAUCGUAAUAAAUUAAUAAUAAUAAUUAGUAUAAUUACAUAGGUGAUUAUUGAAAAUUCUCCACGCUGAUUGGUUGCCGUUGAGGUGAUUAUUACGCGAUAAUCACCUAAGCGAUUUUCAAAAUGGCGGCCGAAGCCUUUUUGUCAAUUAAAUGACGAAGAAAUGUGUAUUUUUUUAUUUUUUCCAUGUAAUCACCUAUGAAAUUAUACUAAAACAAUUAUUCACCUCAGGCUCGGUGAUUAUCGUGAAUAAAAACCUCGACUUCGUCUCGGUUUUUAUUCACCAAUAAUCACCUCGCCUUCGGCGAAUAAUUGUUAAUUAAUACUAAUAAUAAAUAUUAAUAAUAAUAAUAAUAAUAAUAAUAAUAAUAAUAUUUAUAAUUAAUAAUUAAUACUAAUAAUAAAUAUUAAUACUAAUAAUUAAUAUUAAUUAAUACUAAUAAUCGUAAUUAAUUAUAGCUUAACUAAUCGUAUCUGGUUACUUCACUAUAUAUACUUGUACAUAUGUAAUAUCAUCAUCAUUCAUUUCCUGAUGAUGACUAUUGUUUAGUCGAAACGUCGAAAUAAAUUUUCAAAAUGCUUUCAAUUUUCGGAGUAUCUAUUAUUUUGUAUAAUAUCACAAUUGUUGUAAAAAUAAAUAGUCUAUAAUCUUAGCAGGUGAUAUAAGUAAGCGUAAUACUUGAUGUAAUGGUCACCGAAAAGGCCCGAUGAGGAGUGAGCUGAAUAAUCAUAAUCACAUACCUGUUUACCUCCGCCAAGAGGUUAUGGAUGUGUAUACGUGUGUGUGUUUGUCUGUCAGAGCGACAACUUAAAAGAUAUCAAACGUAUUAAUACGAAAAUUUGUAGUGCUAAUGAACAUUGCUCAAGGACAAAUUGAUUAUAUUUUGGUUAAAUUUGAAUGAAAAUAGGAUGAGAAUGGACCUAUUCCCUAAUGAACAAAAUUUUGAUCUAGACAAGUCUAGACAAACAUUUCAACACAUCUUGAAAGAGCAUCACAAAAUUAAUAAUAUUCCGAAGUUUCGUUGCGAAAUGUUGUAAAAUGCGGAUAAUAUAGCCCUGCGAAGUUUGCCGUUUUUCAGUCAUUUUGUAUUACGCACGGGAAAUUGAUACUUUUUUCAGAACAGUGGUCGGGACGGCUCUGUGCCAGCGGGAUGAAAUUCAACAUGGUGGUCGUGCAUUUGUGCAUUUAUAUGUUUUCUAUUCAAUCAUAGAACCUUCACAUGUAAUACCAUGGAUAAUAAAAUAAAUGGAUAGGAAACUAGCUGACGUGACCUAAUGUUUUCAAUGGCGUAGGCAUGUUUUUAAAACAAUUAGAUCAGUUUAUGCUUCAAUAUUACUCUUUUAAAGCGGAAAAUAUAGCGAAACAAUGCGCGUGACGUCACAGAUUGCAACUAGGUUUAGACUGUGACGUCAGGAAGUUUCCUAUCCAGUUAUUUUACAAUCCAUGGUAAUACUGUACUUCGUGGUGACUCGUCGUGUAACUUUUACAGAAACCAACCGAUUACUUCAUUGCUUCAUCUUAAGUAUUGAGGCAAUUUUUUUCAUUGUCACGUAUUUGCAAUGAAAAGUGUUCAAAACCUAAACUCUUUUUGGCGUUCCUCUCAAAAUUACUUUGUUUUAGCUUUAUUCUCUAGUUUAUACAGUUAGCUACCUUUUUAAAUGCAUCUGCCGGUUGAGAAACAUAUAAUAAUAGUUAAAAAUUGUCAAUUAAAAUAUAAUUAUCAAAGAUGUUUUAAAAUUGACGCCAUAUUUACAGCCAUAUAAACAAAACUUACUGAACUUCAGACAUCAUUUUCUCUUUGGCGUAUCAUCUAAAAUCUUUUCAUUUUAGCAUUAUGUUACAGAUAAAACACUAAACAUACUUUUUAAGUUUGCUUGCCGAUUGAGAAACGUAUCGAAAAAUAAAAAUUUUGAAUUUAGUCAUAACCUCAAGUGGUAUAUUAUACGCAUUAGUUUUGAGCGCGUGUUACGUAACAUACAAAAAAAUCUCCUCUUAAUUAAAUUCUCCUUAUUCUGUGAAUUAAUAUCCCUUGUAAUUUCUCAGAAACCUGUACUCGCACUCAACGCCAAUCGUCGCCCUGGCUUCGUAUUGACCUACGUCGUUCAUAUCAUGUCAAGGAAAUAUUCAUCUCCAACCAAGAGCACAGAUAUGGCUGGGACAUGUUUGACUUCGAAGUACGCGUGGGGAACAGUCUUGAUAAUGAGGGGAACGAUAACCCGCUGUGUCAUCCAUUGUAUACUGUACAACCGGGAAAGAUAGGGACAAUUGUGUGCAAGAAUACUACUGUAGGACGUUAUGUGAAUAUCAGAAUCGAUCGAGAAGAUAUGCAGUUGAGCUUGUGUGAGGUGGCGGUUAUUGGAGUAGGUAAGAUGGUCUUCAUUAUAAUGUAGGGUACCAAUAUGGGGAAGGGAGUACACCUCCAAAUAGUCAUAGGAUUGUCGUGGUAAAACUGAGCUUGUGUGAGGUGGCUGGCAUUGGAGUAGGAAAGAUGGUCUUCCUAAGUGAACACUCAGAAAAAAGUCUUUACAGUUCACACCCCCAGGUGAACUGGGGUGGGGACCCAGAAAAAGUCUUCACAGUUUACAUCGCAGAAAAAUAUUUCGAAAGUAAAGCAAUUUUUAAGAAAAAGAGAAAUUACCUUGGUUUAUAUUUUCCAGUUGCAUUUUUCACAACUCCUCCAAAGAUCUAAAAUGUAUAAAAUUCACACUCGAAAUUUCCAUCUACAAAAUCUUUUUACAGUUAGUUCUAUCGAGUGUAGAUGCCCAAAGUCCUGAUAUUUCCCCAUACAUCUUACAAUGGCAUCACCUUAGUAUAUAUACACGAACUUAGAGCUCGACAACUGGACUGUGUAGCUCAUUUGGUUCAGGGACGUGCUGGGGUCUUGAAAAGGACGACGAAUGAGGAACGUCGGAUGGGGCUUGGGCCCAGUGACGGAUAGAUUAAGAUUUGGGUGGGACUAAUUUCAGUCGCUAAUUCAUCUUUUUUCCCCAAAAUUGUUGGCGGGGGGGUUAAAACAAUUUUCCCGACAUACUAUUUUUCACUAAUUUUCGAAUUGACGUGCCGUAAUUUGUUACAUUUUUCGGUAAUAUUAAUUCGUAAAUUUAGAUUUUUAAAGUAUAAGUUGUAAUGUCUUAAUCUUGAUAUUCAAAAUUAAAAUCUAUAUUUUUCGUCUUUUCCAAUGUUUUAAUUUAGGGGCCCAUGAUGGCAUGGGCCCACAACAGGUUCUCGUCGGCUCGUCCCUAGCCAGCACGUCCCUGAUUUGGUUAGAGCGCUGCACCAGAAUUGCAGGGCCGCUGAUUCGAUUCCUGCCAGAGGGUUUAUAGUUACUUAUAGUUAAUUAUAUAUACAGAUCGCACUGAAAAACCUCCAAGAAUCCUUCGUUUAUAUACUAAUCGUGAUUGUUUUAUUGAUAUAAAGCUGAAACUAUUGUGAAGCUUGGACUUGAAGAUAUUGCAAACAGUCUAAAAACUGGAUCUAUCCCUGGCGAGGCAGGAGAAAUUGGCGGUGAUGUCGUUGGAGGCUUGCUUGGUCAGUUACAGGCACAAUUAGGUAAUUAUAUUGUUCACAAAAUGACAUAUGAUAAAUGUGUGUCCAUUGCCUUGAUCUUCCUUUUAUUAAUCUUAGGGACGGGUCAUUAUUUAUGGCCGGGGGUGGCACCGAAGAGAAAGGGUUGGGUAAACCAAAUUUUGAGUAAGUAAAAGGUUGGGUAAAUGAAAAACGAAACUACUCAAGGGUUGGGUAAUAAAAAUUUAUUGUCAUUUUCAAAGCAUGACUCACUCAUGCAAGUAUUGAUCACUAAAAAGGAAUGUCAACAGUCAUAUGUCAGUCUCCAAAGAAACUACAUGUGCAGACAACAUGUGAAACUUUAGACUGCAGAAAAUUGCACAAACAUUUAUCAAACUCAGGUCAGAAGAGUGGUAAAGGACAUGUGUGGUAUCCUUUUGUAAAAUUGUUGGCCAGGAGUGGGUGUUUAUUUUUUAAUUGAUAAUUAAGGCUGGGUAAUAAAAUUUUUGACUUUUUAAUGUUGGGUCAGCAAAAUUUUUGCCACGAAAAACAAUUCUCUUCCGCGCCCCCCCCCCCCCCCCAGGUCCCUUAGUGUCAAAAUUCAUCUCUCACAUUAAAUUUUCGAUACCACUAAAAACUAGCGAUAUAAAAAUCUGGAACAUACCUAUUGCAUUGUGCGGGACACCUUGUAUUGUAAAAGGUGAGUAACACACCCUGUAUGUUAUGUAGUCUUCUAUUUGAUGGCAAAUAGAUGAUUGAGGAUUUCUGAAAUUGACCUUCGUCGGCUGCCCUGUAGCGCUUACAAUGAAUAGACAACUUGCAUGUUAGACUAAUAUUUUAUCUAGGCAAAAAAAGUAAAUUCCCGUAAAGAACUUAUUAAAAUGAGUAAAAUUGCAAAAUUUGAUUACGAAAUGUUGUAGAAUACGGAAAAUAUAGCCUUGCGAAGUUUGCAUAUUUUGUAUAUGUUUGUAUUACGUGCGGAAAAUGUUACCAUUUUUGAGCCGAAAAUGGUCAGAAUUUCCGCCCGUAAUACAAACAUAUAUACAAAAUUUGCAAAAUUUUCCAAGCUUUACAACAUUUCGCAACCAAAUUUUGCAAUUUUACUAAUUUGUGGUGUUUGAUUCCCUUCUUUUUACUUAGAUUAAAAUUUAGUCUAACAUGCAAGUUGUCCAUUCACCAAUACUAAAACUUACAUAUUGUAUAUUUUUGUUUAGGUGGAGGAAUGGGCAUGCUGGCGGGUUUGCAAGGACAAGGCAUGGGAAUGUUGAAUAAUCUGAAAGGUCAGGGUAUGGGAAUGCUAAACAAUCUUAAAGGGCAAGGCAUGGGCAUGCUGAAUAACCUAAAAGGUUUGUGAAAUGUUUUAUUAACCAUAGUUGGUGCGUUUUGUUGUCGAAUUGAAAUUAUCACGAUUGGAAAUUUAAUUUAAUUUAUUAAAUUCGCCAGAUAGUCCUUAACAGUUAUUACAAAGUAAUAAUUAACAAUUAUUGGAUGAGGUUUUUGUGAUAUGCGGAAUUAUCAAGGUCGAGGUAAGCGUUAUCAGCCGAGCCGAAGGCGAGGCUGAUAACGCUUACCGAGACCUUGAUAAUUUUGCAUAUCGCAAAAACCGAAUUCAAUAAUUGUUUUAUUAUACAUUUGAAGAAUAAUAAACAUUAGUAUUUUAAUACUAUGUUUAUUAUUCUUCAAAUGUAUAAUAAAACAAUUAUUGAAUCGGUUUUUGCGAUAUGCAAAAUUAUCAAGGUCUCGGUAAGCGUUAUAUUCAAUAUGAUUUCUGGCAAAGCUGUUCAAGUUAAACGUUUCUAUAAACAGUCUCCGGAAGUCCAACAGUUAAAUUAAUUACAAAUAUAAAAGAAACAUAUUAUCGUUAAGAUGUUAACGUAUUAAAAUAUUUACUUGUUAAAGUAAACAUUACAAUUAUGAAAUGUACAUUCAUUCGAAAAUUGAAAUGUACACUCAUUUGAAAUGUACACUCAUUCAAUUUCACGCAACCUACACAACAUUCAGUUAUCUGCUAGCAGAUAACUGAGUAGCAGAUAACUGAGCAACCUACACAAAAUUCAGUUAUCUGCUAGCAGAUAACUGAAUUUUGUGUAGGUUGCGUGAUUGCGCGAUUUAACUGUAAGCUCUUAGCCAAUCAAAUUGCUUUUACCAACUACAAUGUAUAAUAAUUUGAAUUAUUAUAUAUCAAUAGUCAAAGUCGCAUUUUUCUAGUGUUUUAUUGGUUGAGAGCAUAUCACGUGAGAGUGACGAAAUUAGGCUGUCUCCCUCGCAACAGCGCGAGAGGGAGAUAAUACGUUAUCGACCGGCGAAAUCACGUGCGCCAUCACGUGAAGAUGCGACCUUUGGACAUGCCUAGUACGUAAUUAAAACUUUCGCUUUAAGUAACUGCAGUGUAGCCAGUGUUUAAAUUAAUAUAACGUUUUAACAAUAAAAUAUUUCAUGUAUUUACGUUCAUUUGUUCUUUAAUUUGUUGUUUCUUUGACUAUUGAUAUAUAAUAAAACACUUAUUUACUGAGACCUCGGGAAAGCAGUGUGUUUUGUGGACCCUCGACCGUCGAUGUUUCCCUCUGCUUCGCCUCGGGUCCACAAAACGCACUGUUUGCCUCGGUCUCAGUAAAUAAGUGAUAAUUAUUCCACUCGAUAGUAUUUUUAUCUACAAAACCCUCAAUAUUAUUCAAUCGAGUGAAAUGCCAACAAAACCUUGAUAUCUACGCAUACAUGUAGGUAGAUAUGGCACCACCCCCAAAAGUUUUUGCACCCCCGCAAAUUAUAUAUAUUUUGAUUUGAUAGUUUCAUAUUUGAUUAUUCUUACUACUAAAUUUGUAAAAUUACCAAUAUUGUGGUCUCAGAUCUCGCAAUGCAGGCCUAGAAAACAAAUUUUGUUAAACUUUUUCCUUGGCCAUUCCGGGCGUUGCCACCAGGCCCCGGCCAAAGCAAGCAGCAGCACCCCACACCCCAGAUAUUUAUCCACCCCACCCCCCGAACGAAAAUAUGAAAAUCCGUCUCUGUUCUGGUUUAAAUAAAUGAUUACAAAGCCCAGUCGAAUUGUAAUCAAGACCCAACGUUUCGACACUCCAGUCUAGUGUCUCCAUCAGGGGUGAUCUAAAGAUGCAAUCGUGGCUUUUUAAUAAAUACCCAAGGGAUGACGUCACCUGCCAAUGAGAUGCAUGUAUUCCUCUGGCAAAUAGGCACCGUCACCGAACGAUAAAAUAAAACACCCUCACGAUGAUGACAUUUUAAACUUUAUUUUAUAAGGUCAGGGAUUAGAAAUGGCAAACAAACUGAAGAACCAAGGUUUGGAGAUGGCGAAUAAAAUGAAAGAACAGGGCAUGGAAAUGGCGAAUAAAGCAAAAGAGCAAGCCAUGAAAGCGGCAAACAAAGCAAAAGAGCAAGCCAUGAAAGCGGCAAACAAGGCGAAAGAGCAAGCCAUGAAAGCGGCUAACAAGGCGAAAGAACAAGCGAUGAAAGAAGCAAACAAAGCAAAAGAGCAAGCCAUGGAAGAAGCAAACAAAGCGAAAGAACAAGGUAUACCCCUAUCCAGAUGAGCAACUUUUCUUUCCUAUCUAGAUGAGCAACUUUUCUUUCCUAUCUAGAUGAGCAACUUUUCUUUCCUAUCUAGAUGAGCAACUUUUCUUUCCUAUCUAGAUGAGCAACUUUUCUUUCACACAAGUUUUCAUUAACAAAGUUUGUUUUUUUUUGGGGGGGGGGGUAAUUUCAGUAAUAAGGCCAAAUAAAAAAAAAUACUUGGUUAGCGUCACACUCUCACAAAUUUUCAGAGGCGGGCGGGCGGAUUUUUUUUUAAAUUUUUACUCGUUUUUUAAUUUUUUAAUAGUAUUUUUGGAGGGGAUGGGGGGCGGUUUUCCCACCAUAUCGGUGAUAUUUUUUGUACUGAUGUUGCGAAGGCCGCCAUUUUGCUUUAAGAACCUUGUAUACCCAAGCCUAUGCGCUCCUAUCGAUCAGUAUAUAGCGCGAAGGUCUGAGCAUGAGAAAAAUUUCAAAUAUUAAACUGUUUUAAGCUGUAAAACGAAGAGAUUUACAUAAAAAAAAAUAAAAAAAAAUUCAGAGGCGGCAGAAAAUCGAGAGGCGGGCGGUGACGCUAACCAAGUAUUUUUUUUUAUUUGGCCUAAAUGUACGCGGUGUUUCCACAAACAAAAAGUAUUAUAUGUUUUAUCGUCAUGCAAACCUACAAAGAAUGUGUAACAAAUUUUCCUUUACUUGUUUCAUUAUGAAACGUUCAUAGGGAAGAACUUUAUGAAGCGUUCAGAACCUUGAUAGCACUGUAUUUCAGAACCAAUUAACCUUCAGGGACCGGUUGUACGAAGGCUGAUCGCACCAUGUCAGAACGAUCUUCGUGCCGAAAUAUCAACCCACGGUGUCCACGGGCCUUGAAAAUCCUGGAAAGUCCUUGAAAUGGAACAAAAAAUUCAGGACUGGAAAGUCCUUGAAAAUCUGUACCUCCAGCUGUGUCAACAUUAGUGAUUUUGUUAUUUCAAAGAGCGGCAAAUGCGUGCCAUCCUUGAAUUUACUGAAAAAGGGCCCUGAAGUCCUGGGAAAGUCCUUGAAUUUCACCUUCACCAAAGGGUGGAUAGCCUGUCAACCAUAUGAUGUACCAUGCAGCCAGGAUGCAUGAUAAGGAGGCAUAUCCCCUCACAAAAUACGCGUGCAUAGUUUUUGUGUGUAACUAUAAACUCGCGUUCCAGGUAUGGCAAUGGUGGGCGAUAUGCAAGGACAGAUGAACCAACAACAGGACAAAUUUAAAAAGAAG